AUGAGUCACGUGACGCAGAUUAUCCGUGUUCCCAACACUCAUGACAAAGACUCUUGUUCAACUCCAGACACUGGUUCCAACCAGGUCAGACCUCUACGGCCACAGCUGCCACUCUGCCACAGCUGCUACUCUGCCACAUCUGCCGCACUCUGCCACAUCUGCAGCACUCUGCCACAGCUGCUACUCUGCCACAGCUGCCACUCUGCCACAGCUGCUACUCUGCCACAGCUGCUACUCUGCCACAUCUGCAGCACUCUGCCACAGCUGCUACUCUGCCACAGCUGCCACUCUGCCACAGCUGCUACUCUGCCACAUCUGCCGCACUCUGCCACAUCUGCAGCACUCUGCCACAGCUGCUACUCUGCCACAGCUGCCACUCUGCCACAGCUGCUACUCUGCCACAUCUGCCGCACUCUGCCACAUCUGCAGCACUCUGCCACAGCUGCUACUCUGCCACAGCUGCCACUCUGCCACAGCUGCUACUCUGCCACAUCUGCAGCACUCUGCCACAGCUGCUACUCUGCCACAGCUGCCACUCUGCCACAGCUGCUACUCUGCCACAUCUGCCGCACUCUGCCACAGCUGCCACUCUGCCACAUCUGCCGCACUCUGCCACAUCUGCAGCACUCUGCCACAGCUGCUACUCUGCCACAGCUGCCACUCUGCCACAGCUGCUACUCUGCCACAUCUGCCGCACUCUGCCACAUCUGCAGCACUCUGCCACAGCUGCUACUCUGCCACAGCUGCCACUCUGCCACAGCUGCUACUCUGCCACAUCUGCAGCACUCUGCCACAGCUGCUACUCUGCCACAGCUGCCACUCUGCCACAGCUGCUACUCUGCCACAUCUGCCGCACUCUGCCACAGCUGCCACUCUGCCACAUCUGCCGCACUCUGCCACAGCUGCCACUCUGCCACAUCUGCCGCUCUCUGCCACUCUGCCACUCUCUGCCACAGCUGCCGCACUCUGCCACACCCAUUUAAGUUUCACAAUGUUUCUACUUAA